ACUAAAAAUUUUAUUUCACCUAUUUUAUGAAUUGACCGCUUCUGCUCAAAUCGACUCCCUCCCCAGCUCGCCGCCGUAUGCCGUCGCCACUACUGUGAAGACACCGACCGGAGACCUUCGAUAGCUGAAGCCACACCGUCGCACCCCACUCCAGGUUAGCUGUUUUUAGUGAUGAAGAUACUGAAAGAGAAUGCAGGGCUUCUUACAAAUUUUGAAGUAGUGGAUUUCCUACGUUCUAGAGGGGCUGCAAAAGAUCCCACAAAGGUGCUUGCUCCCUUAAAACCUUCAGAAUUCAAGGUUUAUGACAAUCUAGAGAAAAGUGUGGGUUCUAGUCAAACACGAGAAAGCAUGGUUGAGUUUGUGACAAAAUGUAAACCUUACACGCUUUCAAACCCUGAGAUGACAAGUGUGAUCAACAUUAGGCCGACUUGUGAAGUGGAAAUCGACCCCCUGAUAGAGGAUCUUGAGUCACGCCUUGGUGAAAAUGUGGGUGAAUUGGUGGACUUGAUUAAGCAAGUGUUUCCCCCUUCUCCUGAGGAAUGAAAAGAAAGCAGAGCUAUAAUGUAAGGUACUAUUUGUUUUAUUUUAAGCCACUCUAGUGUCUUUUUGAUAAAUAAAGUGAUGCAGUUUUUUUUAUUCUACUAAGUACUAACACUCCCUUGAGUUGUUGUUAUUAAACGAUCUUUCACA